AUGCCUCACCGUGCAUCUUCUCCCGCAUUGUCCGAAAAUGAAUUUGAUAUUACGAAGUCCCUCUUCCAGGAUGACGGCGACGACGACGAUUUUGCGCUUCCAAGUAGUAGAAAAGAUGAAGGAACAUUAGCUGCUGGCGGAAUCCUCGACUUAGGACUCGAGAGCGAUGGCGAUGAUGAUACUGCCUUCAUUUCCGCGCAGCAAGCGGCUUCAAACCGAAAAGCUUCAAAUGUGAAGGGCAAGAGUGUGAAGAAGGGGGGGGGCUUUCAAGCAAUGGGCUUGAAUACCCAUCUCCUCAAGGCGAUAGGCAGGAAAGGAUUCUCUGUUCCCACACCGAUUCAGCGCAAAACAAUACCUCUGGUUCUCGAUCAUCAAGAUGUUGUGGGCAUGGCAAGAACUGGUUCCGGGAAGACCGCAGCAUUUGUGAUACCCAUGAUUGAGAAAUUAAAAGGUCAUAGUGCAAGAGUUGGGGCAAGAGCAUUGAUUCUUUCGCCAUCUCGAGAAUUGGCCAUUCAGACCUUGAAAGUUGUGAAGGAAUUCGGCAGAGGGACAGACUUGAAGAUCGUCCUGUUGGUCGGUGGAGACAGUCUGGAAGAACAGUUUGGAUUUAUGGCUACCAAUCCGGAUAUUAUUAUUGCAACUCCUGGCCGGUUCCUUCAUUUAAAGGUCGAGAUGUCCCUCGACUUAUCGUCUGUUAAGUAUGUGGUAUUUGACGAGGCUGAUCGCCUUUUCGAGAUGGGUUUCUCUGCUCAAUUGACGGAGAUUUUGCACGCACUGCCAACUUCGAGGCAAACGCUCUUGUUUUCUGCCACUCUUCCAAAAUCCUUGGUGGAAUUUGCUCGAGCUGGUUUACAAGAGCCCAGCCUUGUUCGUCUCGAUGCAGAGAGCAAAGUGUCUCCUGAUCUCCAGAGUGCAUUCUUUAGCGUGAAGAGUGCUGAGAAGGAAGGUGCAUUACUACACAUUCUCAACGACUUGAUUAAAAUGCCUACUGGUCCACCAGAAAACGCACAUAAGUUCCGGGGCGGGGAUGACAAGAAGCGGAAACGAGGAGUAGAUGGCCCAAGGCCAAAACAGAAGCCAACAGAGCAUUCAACGAUCAUAUUUGCUGCUACAAAACAUCAUGUCGACUACCUAGCAUCACUUCUACGACUUUCUGGAUUUGCGGUCUCUCACGCCUACGGUUCGCUGGACCAAACGGCAAGAAACAUCCAGGUUGAAGACUUCAGAACGGGCAUGACGAAUAUCUUAGUAGUCACCGAUGUUGCUGCUAGAGGUAUCGAUAUUCCUGUGCUAGCAAAUGUCAUAAAUUACGACUUCCCUCCACAACCCAAGAUAUUUGUGCAUCGUGUUGGUCGAACAGCAAGAGCCGGCCAGCAGGGAUGGAGUUACAGCCUUGUCCGAGAUACAGAUGCUCCAUAUCUGUUGGAUUUGCAGCUUUUCUUAGGCAAAAGAUUACUUUUUGGUCAGGAUGGUGGAGACACACCAAAUUAUACCGAAGACGUGAUUGUUGGUGCUCUGUUAAGGGACAAGCUGGAGAGCACGUCCGAGUGGAUCACUAAGUUGCUUGGUGACGACGAUGAUCUUAAUGCUCUCCGGAAUGUAGCUGGGAAGGGUGAAAGGCUCUAUAUCAAGACUCGAAAUUCGGCUUCGAACGAGAGUGCAAAAAGGGCAAAGGAGGUUGUAGCUGCGAAAGGCUGGAUGCAACUACACACUCUUUUCAAGAAUGAGGCCAAUGACGCAGAGCAAGCCCGCAUCGAAAUGCUUGCUCGCAUUAGCGGCUUUCGACCACAGGAAACCGUGUUCGAGAUUGGUACCAAAGGGAAAGCUGGACAUGGCGAGGCGGCAGAAAUGAUGAGGAACCGAAGAGAGAAAAUUGUCCCUCGAAGGCAGAAGCAAGAGCAAGAGAAGGAAGAGCAGGAGAAAGAAGCGAUAGAUGCAGAAGAAGACGGUGACGGAUUCGAUGCAAUGGCAGACUUGCCGGAAUCAGACGAGGAAAGUGAUAUGGAAGUCACCGUAACGAAUAAUGACAAUGAUAUGGAGGAAGCAUCUGACGGCGAAUUGGAAGUCACAUUUUCGAAAUCGGCACAGAAGGGUAAAGGGCGGACGCUAUCAUGGAAAGAUUCCGAGAAUUUCAUGUCCUACACACCCAAAAAUAUCAACGCUGCCGAAGAGCGCGGUUAUGGUGUCCAUUCAGGAUCAUAUAACACAGCGUCUCAAAACUCGAAUUUCGUCGAAGCAGCCAGGGACGUCACCAUGGAUCUCACCAACGACGAUAGCGCAAAGUCGUUCGCGGAACCUUCAAGAGCAAAGGGAAUGCGAUGGGAUAAAAAGAACAUCAAAUAUGUAGCUCGCGCAAACGACGAAGAUGGCUCGCGAGGCAACAAGAUGAUCCGAGGCGAGAGCGGACAGAAAAUCGCAGCUAGUUUCCAGAGCGGGCGUUUUGACAGAUGGCGAAAAGCUCAUAAAGUUGAUCGAUUACCGCGGACUGGGGAAGCCGAGCAGCCUGGAGCUGGUACUGGCGUAGGACGAGGUUUCGGGACGCGAUACAAGCAUAAGCAGGAGAGGGCACCCAAGGAAGCUGAUAAAUUCCGUGAUGAUUAUCAUGUGAGGAAGAAGAGGGUGGCUGAGGCUAAGGAGAAGAGGAUUGGAGAGUAUAAGGAUGGCGCAGGGAAGGCUGAGAUUAAGAGUACGGAGGAUAUUAGGAGGGAGAGGAAAUUGAAGGAGCGGAAGAAGGCGAAAAAUGCACGGCCUUCAAGGAAAGGGAAGAAAUGA